AUUAUAAGUCAACUGAUAAUGUUUUUUCUCCGCGGUGAGGGCGAGCGCCGCCCAUGUGAUUGCGUCAUACCGCCCGCUCGUCAGGUCCGCAUGACCCGAGCCCGGGUCAUUCGCGCUCGCAGCGCCGCCGAGAGCAGUCAGCCACUGAGCCGUGGGCUGAGCGCGGCGCUUCCUGCUUUUCGUGACGUGUCGUGUUUUUUUCGACACUGCUGCUGCUUGACAGCACUGGAGACCGAUCCACACCAACACAGAAAAACAUGAAGCUGUUUGUGCUCGCCGCCGUGCUGGCCGUGGCCGCUGCCGCCCCCAGCCGCAGCUACGCUGCCCCCACGUACGCCCCCAAGGUGUACCAGAUCCUGAAGCAGGAGGUAGAGCUCCGCGAAGACCAGUCCUACGAAUCUCAUUUCGAGACUGAGAACGGCAUCUACGCCUCCGAGUCGGGCAGGCCGGUGGAGGGAUACGGCGAUGACGAGGAGAGCUACGACGUCAACGGCCAGUUCAGCUACACCGGUGACGACGGUGUCGUCUACAAGGUGGUCUACGUGGCCAACGGGAACGGCUUCCAGCCGCAGGGCGCCCACCUGCCCACCCCGGUGCCCACCGAGUACCCGACCCCGGAGGCGUCUGAUGAUGAUGACGAUGAGGAGGAGGAGCGUUACGAGGCUCCUGAGGAGGAGGACGAUGAUGACGAAGCUCCCGCCGGCUACUACCAGCCCCAGUAUGAGCGCGUCAUCGUCGGCUACAGGCCCCGCUACCAGUAGAUCCAAACUUCAUUCAGACGGUUGGCUUUGUGCGAAAGAUGAUACGCUAUUGACCAAGUGAAAUGAUUUAAGUCUAGCCAUGCUGUUUGCUAUUUAUUUGUCCGUGUUUUGUUACUUAUAUGUGCCAAGGUAUCUAAUACAAACCAGCAUUGA